AUGUCUCGUUACACCCCUAGCACAAACCAUAUCCUCACCUGCAGGUUAAAUGAGUGCAAUCUCCAGAAAUGCUUUGCGGAUUCGGCCUCCGUCCUCAGCUGCGACACCUCUCACCUGAAGCAGCUUGACCUCAGCUACAACUACGUGCAGGACUCCGGAGUGAAGCUGAUCUCUGUUCAUUUGAACGACCCGCUCUGUAAACUGGAAAAAUUCUGUGUGGACAAUAAUGCAGAGUGCUACCUGAAAUCAACACUGAAAAACUAUGCAUGUACACUCACGUUGGACACAAACACAGCUGCCAGGUCUCUCUUUCUGUACGACGGAGGAAAGCAGGGGACGUGGGUCAGGGAGAGACAGCAGUACCCAGAUCACUCCGAGAGGUUCGAGAGCGUCUCCCAGGUGCUGUGUCACCAAGGCCUCACCAAACGCCACUACUGGGAGGUGGAGUGGCGAGGACGCUGGGUGGAUGUCGCCGUGGCGGUGAGGGGGAUCCGUCGGAGGGCGAGCUCUAACCUCUGCAGGUUUGGGUACACAGAUCAAUCCUGGAGUAUGUUCUGCUCUGAGGAUCACUACAGCGCUCAGCACGACCACCAGCCUGUGGAAAUACCAGCACCUCCGUCUCGCUCCCACAAGGUGGGAGUGUAUCUGGACUGGCCGGGUGGCACCCUGUCCUUCUACAGCGUCUCCUUUGGGACCCUCAGCCACCUUCAUACGUUCUACAGCAACUUCACUUUCUUCACAUUCUGUAUUCUUACUCUGCAGCAACUCAAACCCAGCCAGAACGGAGCUGCUGCCCGCUCUCCCCCUUCCCCGGGAGGUGGGAGCUAG